CUGCAGAUAGUCUCGGGUGGCUCAUGACUGUCACCCGGGCAAUCCGAAGGAUGAGGCAGAGGAUUGCCACAAGUUCGCGGUCAGCUUAAAUGACAGGCUGAGGAGACUGUCUAAAUAACAAACAAACAAAUAAAUAGCCAUGAUGCCAUACGCCUGCAAUCCCAGCAUUUGGGAGGUGGAGGCAGGAGGAUCAUAAAUUCAAGGUCAGUUCAGCUACAUAAGACCUCGGGUCAUGAAUCCAAAAGCCAAACAAAUAAAAUAGAUGACUACAAGGGAAAGCUCAAGAGAUCCACGGAAAAGCGCCGGGUGGCAGUGUUUCCACAGGUGUGGGAACGGCAGAGGGCGCCCCUAGCCCCGCGGGGGUAACACCGCCCCCUCCCCCGCGCCCUGGCCGGACUUUCCAUGCUAUUUUUACCCGCCGACACCGGACACCCGACUGGGGUGGCUGCGGCGUCGGGGCCACACGUCCGUUCACCGGUCGCCCGGGCUGUGCGCGCCAUGGAGCCACGGUGCCCGCCGCCCUGCGGCUGCUGCGAGCGGCUGGUGCUCAACGUGGCCGGGUUGCGCUUCGAGACCCGCGCGCGCACGCUCGGCCGCUUCCCGGACACGCUGCUGGGGGACCCGGUGCGCCGCAGCCGCUUCUACGACGGCGCGCGCCGCGAGUAUUUCUUCGACCGACACCGGCCCAGCUUCGAUGCGGUGCUCUACUACUACCAGUCGGGCGGCCGGCUGAGACGGCCGGCGCACGUGCCCCUCGACGUCUUCCUGGAGGAGGUGUCCUUCUACGGGCUGGGCGCGGCGGCGCUGGCGCGGCUGCGGGAGGACGAGGGCUGCGCGGUGCCGCCCGAGCGGCCGCUGCCCCGCCGCGCCUUUGCGCGUCAGCUCUGGCUGCUCUUCGAAUUUCCUGAGAGCUCGCAGGCUGCGCGCGUGCUCGCCGUGGUCUCCGUACUCGUCAUCCUGGUCUCCAUCGUGGUCUUUUGCCUCGAGACACUGCCAGACUUCCGCGACGACCGCGAUGACCCGGGGCUCGCGCCCGUAGCCGCUGCUACUGGCCCGUUCCUCGCCCGACUGAAUGGCUCCAGUCCCAUGCCAGGAGCCCCUCCCCGACAGCCCUUCAACGAUCCAUUCUUUGUGGUGGAGACCCUGUGUAUCUGCUGGUUCUCCUUUGAGCUGCUGGUGCGUCUGGUGGCCUGCCCUAGCAAAGCUGUGUUCUUCAAGAAUGUGAUGAACCUAAUUGACUUCGUGGCCAUCCUGCCUUACUUCGUGGCCCUGGGCACGGAGUUAGCCCGGCAGCGGGGUGUGGGCCAGCCGGCUAUGUCCCUGGCCAUCCUAAGGGUCAUCCGAUUGGUGCGUGUCUUCCGCAUCUUCAAGCUCUCCAGGCAUUCGAAGGGUCUACAGAUCUUGGGUCAGACACUGCGGGCUUCCAUGCGUGAGCUAGGUCUCCUCAUCUUCUUCCUCUUCAUUGGCGUGGUCCUCUUUUCCAGCGCAGUCUACUUUGCUGAAGUGGACCGGGUGGACACCCAUUUCACCAGCAUCCCGGAGUCCUUUUGGUGGGCAGUGGUCACCAUGACCACGGUUGGCUAUGGGGACAUGGCACCCGUCACCGUGGGUGGCAAGAUCGUGGGCUCUCUGUGUGCCAUUGCAGGUGUGCUCACCAUCUCUCUGCCUGUGCCUGUCAUUGUCUCUAACUUUAGCUACUUUUACCACCGGGAGACAGAGGGCGAAGAGGCAGGGAUGUACAGCCAUGUGGACACACAGCCCUGCGGUACCCUGGAGGGCAAGGCUAAUGGGGGGCUGGUGGACUCUGAGGUGCCUGAACUCCUCCCACCACUCUGGCCCCCUGCAGGGAAACACAUGGUGACUGAGGUGUGAGGGUCAACUGGGGUCUCCAGGGAGCAGUGGGGUGGGAGGGAGGAGGGAAGGCAGGGUCAGGUGCUGGGUUAAGGACUAAGAUGGUAACAAAAGGGUACAGAUUCUUAAUCUGAAGGCAUGUCACAUGGUGGCUCCUAGGGGGACCUUAUGUGACAGGAAUUGCCAGGAUUUGGGUUGUGUCCAGGGCUCCCCCCAUUGAUUGCGCAAUGUGGUAGAGCUGUGCAAAUGUCCAGGGGCUCUAUGGGUAGCACUGUAAGAGACUUGGCCAUAGAUUGUGAGUUUCCUAGGUGUUCGUGGGGUCCCACUGGGGGCAAGUGUGGUCCCGUUAACACUUGAUAGGUACUAAUAGAACUUUGGGUCCUCUAGGGCCAAGUCGGCUCCUGUAGGUCUCUGGAGCACUGUUAAAGAGUGUGAGCUUGUGGCUACAUGGUCACACACAGAGGUUAUGUGGUGAUACAUAGCAGAUUGUGUGGAUUCAUGUUUCUUCUAGGACUCAAGUUAUUUUAGAUUCUGUGAGCUCUGGAGUCAUGCAGACAGGAUGUGAUCACUCUGGGUCCUGAUGGAAAAAGGGUUAGGGUAUAAAAGAUAGACAGAGGCAGAGACUCAGAUAAAGGGACAGAGACACCCCCACACACACACACAACACACAAUUCUCUGUGUUGUGCAGGGUUAUAGGACUGGAAUCAUUUUAGGGCCAUGCAAAGCUGAGAUGUGUGACCCCAUGUGUCUCCGAACAGUUGAGUCUGAUGACUUCUACGGUCUCAUGGGACUUGUGUUACUGUGAGUCCUGUGGAACUUUUGGUUGAAUUUGACUGUAUGUGAGGGCCAUUUUAAACAGUAGAUCAGGGUCACAGCACAGAUAAAACUAACUACAAGGGAGCAAGCAUGGGCACGUGGAUGUGUGUGGCCCGUUGAACAAGUUUACUCAGGGUUAUGCAUUGUAGAGCUGGUAGUGUCUGUAUCUCUGGGUCCCCCUGCCCGAAGCACCUAGAAAGACGAUGGGAACUAGUAACCUGCCUGUCUUGCUCAUGUGGGACCCAUAUUUCUAUGUUGUCCCAUGCUGUAGUACAAAGAUUCAGAGGCUGGUUGGAGCCACAAGGAAAGAAAACACAGUAGGGCAAGAGUAGGUACUUGGGAAAAGAUGUGGCAGGGGACAGAGAUCUAGAAGAAAGAAAGAUGGAGAGAAGGAGCAGGAGGAGCAGGGGAGGGGGAAAGAGGGAAGGGAAGGAGGGAGAGACAGAGCAGGUAAAGAGGAAGAGAUGUGGGGGGGGGGGGGAGAAGGACCUGGAGCCCAAGGGUCAUCCUCUCUAUUCUCUGAGUCAUAACAGACUCUAAGCCAUGGCGUCAGCAUCCCUUAGAGCCAAGGAAGGUCACCACACUCCUGGAGGUGCUCUGUGUUUCCUAGGACAGAAACCCAAGGCUGUAGUGUGCUGUGGCUUCCCUCAAGGUUACCCAGCACGUCAUAGGACCAAGGCUGGUGCCAGGUGGCCUGCCUGUGACACCCCCACAACUUCUGGUGUGCAGGUAUUGCCUGAGGCCACUGGUCCUGUGUCCUUUGUUUUUAUCCCUUAAAACAGGGUCCCUCUUUGUAGUGUUGGCUGUCCUGGAACUCACUACGUAGA